AUGACAAAAGAAGAAGGAACUUUACCACUUCAAGUUUGUGCUAAUGUAGGUUCUGCGGUCAAUAACGCGCCUAGUGUGGCGGAAUUCUUUUUAUGUCCUGGAUUAUUGUCAGUGCAUGGCUCAUGCAGUUGGCGCAUGCCAAUAGAUGUUCCUGAAUUUAAACUAAUUCAAAAGCCGUUAGGGGUAAAAGUAACCAUCAUUUUAGGGUGUUUGUCCAGAAAUUGGUGUCAACAAUUUCAAGUUCUUAACAGAUGUUAUCACACGAAGGUUCCUAUCCGUUCGGUCAUCAACGAAAACUUUUAUUAG